AAUCUGCUAACACACUGGACACAGCUAGGGAGAAGGCAAAGGCUGUACCCACAAAGGUGGCGAAACCAGAAAACGUUCAAGAGAGUUGUCCGGUUGAUGAUUUAAUGAAGCACCAAACUGUUGCAGCGAUCAAGUCAACAGUGUCCACGCCGAAACCAAGGGGGUCCUUAAGAGAUAGAAUUAAACAGGCACUUCAAACCAACAUCAAGAACACCACACCUCAAGCCACAAAAACCAAGCAGAUGAGAGACGAGUCGGUCACCAAGGUGAUAAGCGCUGCCAUGGAAACCUACGAGAAGACUUCAGAGUACGAUGUCGGCCCGUUCUAUGGCCUGCCUUCCAGAGUCAAGGAGUUACUUGUUCAACAUCGAGGAAUUGGGAAACUGUAUGACUGGCAGCACGAGUGUCUGACGUUAGACACCGUCCAGAGGAGAGGUAACCUGAUCUACUCCCUGCCGACCAGCGGAGGGAAGACCCUGGUGGCCGAGAUACUCAUCAUGAAGGAGAUCCUCUGUAGGAAGAGGGACACCCUGCUGGUUCUACCAUUUGUGUCUAUUGUGCAGGAAAAGGUACGCACGAUCGCUCCCUUCGCCGCCGACCUGGACUUCGUAGUCGAGGAGUACGCCGGGAGUCGGGGAGGGUUCCCGCCGAGAAAGCGUCGGCACAAACGCGCGCUGUACGUCGCCACCAUCGAGAAGGCCAACUCCCUGGUCAACUCACUCGUGGAGCUGGGGAGACUACAGGAGAUCGGCCUGGUGGUAGUGGAUGAGCUCCACAUGCUUGGGGAGGGGGGCAGUAGAGGUGCCACUCUGGAAAUGUGCCUGGCAAAGGUGCUCUACAUCUGCAAAUCUACACAGAUCAUAGGCAUGAGCGCCACCUUGAACAACAUCCAGGAACUGCAGACGUUCCUGUCAGCUGAGGUGUACUCCAACAACUUCAGACCUGUACAGUUGAAAGAGUAUGUGAAGAUUGCAGACAGUAUUUUUGAGGUGAAUUCGAAGGCGGCGUGUCCUGAUGAACAAAUUCAGUUCUCAAGAAUGGUCAGCUACAAGUACCCCAGAGAGAUGCAGUCGCGUGACCCAGAUCACCUGGUCGGCAUGGUGAUGGACGUGAUCCCCGCCCAUUCCUGUCUUGUGUUCUGUCCUACCAAGAAGAACUGUCAGAACGUGGUGGACAUGCUGUGCAAGCUACUGCCAAGAAAACUGAGAGGACACAAAGUCCCAGAGAAGAAAGCCCUCCUGAAGGCCUUAGAAUCAGACGGCAGUGGUACGGUGUGUCCAGUGCUGAAGUACACAGUGCCGUUUGGACUGGCAUACCACCACAGUGGACUGACCAUGGAUGAGCGGAGACUGAUUGAGGAGGCGUACUCAGAAGGCGUGCUGUGUCUGCUGGCCUGUACAUCCACGCUCGCCGCCGGCGUCAACCUGCCUGCAAAAAGAGUAAUCCUGAGAGCACCCUUUGUGGGAGCAGACUUCAUCAGCAGAGCGCAGUAUAAGCAGAUGGUGGGUCGGGCCGGCCGGGCAGGCAUCGACUCCUCGGGCGAGAGCGUCACCAUCGUCAAGCCGCAGGACAAGGCUAAGAUGGCUGAGCUGAUAGGGAGACCAUUUGAGAGUUGUCGCAGCAGUCUGAUGUAUGAUGAUGGCAAAGGGCUGAGAACACUCAUCUUAAACCUCAUUGGUCUGAAGAUUGCCACCAGUAAGGAGACCAUGUCAACCUUCCUGAGCCACACCCUCUUCAGCGUGCAGUGUGACUCUCAGCAGGACCAGAACUUCCUGGAAUUUACCCAGAACGCACUGCAGCACUUGGUAGAAGUGGGAUUAGUCACAGAGAAAACAGGAGAUGUGGACACACUGCUGGAAGUGACCAGACUGGGACAGGCUUCUUUCAAAGGUCCCAUUGACAUUAAGUACAGUAGCCAGCUGUACCAGGACCUGUGUAAGGCUCAGGAGGCCCUGGUAGUGGAGAACAGUCUGCACCUGCUGUACCUGGUCACUCCGUAUGACAUGGUGGACACUGUGAGACCGAACUGGAUGAUAUACUUCAGACAGCUGAGCCAGUUGAAGCCCAUAGAGCUGAAGGCUGCAGGGAUAAUCGGUGUUCCUGAGGGCUUCAUCGCCAGGAAGGCCUCGGGACAGAGAGCCAGACAGACAUCAGUAGAAGAGGCAGUGGUGAACCGUUUCUACCUGACCCUGAUGAUCUACAGUCUGAUGAAGCAGCAUAACAUCUGGGACGUCUCCGAGAAGUUUGACGUGCCCAGGGGCUUUCUCCAGAACCUGCUGUCCAGCGCAGCCAGCUUCUGUGCUUGCGUGCUGCACUUCUGCGAGGCUCUGGAGGAGAUGUGGCCAUUGAGGGUCCUCCUUGACUCCCUGGUGAAGAGUCUGUCAUACUGCGUCACCAGUGAACUCAUCCCUCUCAUGGAGGUGUCUGGUGUCAAACAGGGUCGAGCGAGACAGCUGUACUCGGCCGGGUACAAGACCAUACAGGACCUGGCUCAUGCCGAGGCAGAGACUCUGGUACAGACCAUUCAGCACAUGCCCAGGAAGGUGGCCUACCAGAUCAUAGCUGCUGCUAAGGUGCUGAUUUCCGAGAAGGCUGAAAGCCUGCUGGAGGAGGCAGAGGACCUCGUUGCCAUGCCUACGGAUGGAGUGGUGGGUUCCGUUGCCAUGGAGACGGAUGCCAUGUCAUUGGACGGCUGGAGUCAGGACAGUCAGAACCAGCGAUGGUCACAGGUGUCCUCAAAGGAGACGGAGUCACAGUAGAAGAGUAUGUCAGUACUGUGCGUACGCAUGCUUUUUCAAGGUUUUCAUCUGACUUUUGGUCAACAUUGCAUCAGAAUCAGUUUGCCAGAUGCAGAUAGAGCUAGAAGACAUCUUUUCAGA